GGGACCCGAGAGCACUGAGCCCCCAGCCCAGGCACCAGGCCCCCUCCUUGCCCGCCACCACGGAUGAUGAGGAGGAGGACAGCCAGCACCUCUGGCCCUGGCCUGGCCCAGCGGGGGCAGUGAGCUCCUACCUGCCCCCAGCUUGAUGCCCAGACAGGCCCAGCGCAUGAGCAGCUCCGCCUGCUGACCACCAGCGCACACCUGCCUGUCCCUACCCCCCCACGGUUACACCAUGUCUGGCUCCUACGACGAGGCCUCACUAGCUCCAGAGGAGACCACUGACAGCUUCUGGGAGGUGGGGAACUACAAGCGGACGGUGAAGCGCAUCGAUGACGGCCACCGCCUGUGUAACGACCUGAUGAACUGCGUGCAGGAGCGCGCCAAGAUCGAGAAGGCGUACGCGCAGCAGCUCACCGACUGGGCCAAGCGCUGGCGCCAGCUCAUCGAGAAAGGGCCACAGUAUGGCAGCCUGGAGCGAGCCUGGGGGGCCAUCAUGACGGAGGCGGACAAGGUGAGCGAAUUGCAUCAGGAAGUGAAGAACAACCUGCUGAACGAGGACCUGGAGAAGGUCAAGAACUGGCAGAAGGACGCCUAUCACAAGCAGAUCAUGGGCGGCUUCAAGGAAACCAAGGAGGCUGAAGACGGCUUCCGCAAGGCCCAGAAACCCUGGGCCAAGAAGAUGAAGGAGCUAGAGGCAGCCAAGAAGGCCUACCAUCUGGCCUGCAAGGAGGAGAAGCUGGCCAUGACGCGGGAGAUGAAUAGCAAGACGGAGCAGUCGGUCACGCCUGAACAGCAGAAGAAGUUGCAGGACAAAGUGGACAAGUGCAAGCAGGACGUACAGAAGACCCAGGAGAAGUAUGAGAAGGUGCUGGAUGACGUGGGCAAGACCACGCCCCAGUACAUGGAGAGCAUGGAGCAGGUGUUCGAGCAGUGCCAGCAGUUCGAGGAGAAGCGGCUGGUCUUCCUCAAGGAGGUGCUGCUGGACAUCAAACGCCACCUCAACCUGGCCGAGAAUAGCAGCUAUGUCCACGUGUACCGGGAGCUGGAGCAGGCCAUCCGGGGGGCAGACGCCCAGGAUGACCUCCGGUGGUUCCGCAGCACCAGCGGCCCCGGCAUGCCCAUGAACUGGCCCCAGUUUGAGGAGUGGAACCCAGACCUUCCUCACACUGCCACCAAGAAAGAGAAGCAGCCCAAGAAGGCAGAGGGGGCGACCCUGACCAACGCCACUGGAGUGGUGGAGACCACAUCCCAGGCUGGAGACCGUGGCAGCGUUAGCAGCUACGACAGGGGCCAGACUUAUGCCACCGAGUGGUCAGACGACGAGAGCGGGAACCCGUUCGGGGGCAGUGAGGCCAAUGGGGGCUCCAACCCCUUCGAGGACGACGCCAAGGGGGUGCGUGUGCGGGCACUCUAUGACUACGACGGCCAGGAGCAGGAUGAGCUCAGCUUCAAGGCCGGAGAUGAGCUCACCAAGCUGGGCGAGGAGGACGAGCAGGGAUGGUGCCGCGGGCGGCUGGACAGUGGGCAGCUGGGUCUCUAUCCCGCCAACUACGUGGAGGCCAUCUAGCUGCCCUCCUCCCCUCCACGCCACCCCUCACUCCUCGUCCACUGCCUCCUCUCCCUACUCUCUCUCGUCCCUCUUCCCUCGCCAUAGAGUUCCAGACAUAUUUUCCGAUCAAGCUUUUAUUUUUUUAAAAGUCAAAACAGAACAAAACAAAAAAUACAGAGACAGAAGCAUUUGCAGGGUCGCCUGGAGGCCAGGGUGGUGGGACUCGGGGUGAUGGCCCCAGGGUAGGUGAGGGUCUUAGUAUUUAGCCCAAAAGAGACAUUACAACAUUUGCUCUUCAGAUCCCACCAAAGAGUUUCCCAAACCCUGAGGGUCGUCUCCUUGACCCUUCUCUCUGCCUCACUCCCUACAGAAUAUGCUUCCCACCCCUUCCCCCCAAACCCAGGCUGCCAGCCUCUGUCCCCCUCCUCUUCUCUGGGCCUGGUUUUCUGACCUCUUUCUUCUGCCCCACUAUGCUCCCCUCCCUCCACCACCCUGCUGUCAAAGCUUCCCCUCCAGACCCCAGAGAAGGUGGGGGGGCCUCCUAGUUUUAGCCUUCCGUUUUGCCCUGAGGAGUACCCUUCUUCUCCUGGUCUCACUCCUAAGGACUGGUGGGGCUGGAGGAGCAACGGUCUCUCUCUUUUCCCAUAGACUUUUCCCGGGAUCCCUAGACUCCCCCAGACAUGAUAAGGAGAGAGCUGGAGUUGAUGACAGUGUCACCGGUGUGUAGGAGGGUGAGUGAAGGGGGCAGGCCCUCAGUCCUCCCAACGCCAGCUCAGCUGAGGGACCAAGACCCUGCUGGGGCCCUUUUUUCCAGCUGUUAGCAAUUUGGGGCCAGGCUCUUAGAGA